UAGCCUAACUCGAUCCCCUCUGAAGAAAGCUAAUGCUCCUAGCAGUAAGAGCGGUAUAUCCGCGUUCACAGAGACAUUUAGCGCUGCAGUACUGAGAAUCCUGAAGUUACCUAAAGCCCUGAAACAAGAUAACUGAGUUUUCAGUCCCGGCUGGGACAACUCCCAGGCUGCACAGGCAGACGCAGAGGGGAAGUCACCGGCAGCGCAGCUGAGGCCGCAGUAAGUCUCUGUAUGUCCCCUUGGCUCUUUGACUCUCUACCCAGCCAAGACGACGGCACCCCCGCAUUUUAAGCCUAGCGCAUGUAAGACGGUAACAUCACUGUGCGGCCGCUCGCUAUGGCCUCGCAGAGGUCGAGGUGAUGAGGGGAAGCUGCUGACAACUGGAGAGAGGCAGAUGUCACGCUCGCUCGCCUUCAAGAGGAGCACGAGAGGGGCUCGGGCUGGCCAGGCCAGCCUCCGUCCCCGGGUGCUUUCGGGGACGUCUCUCCCGCAGGCCGCUUCCAGGAUAGGGAAGGUUGGGAACCAGAAGCGAGUUGUGGGCGUGCUGCUGGGCUCCUGGCAGAAAAAAAUACUGGAUGUAUCCAACAGUUUUGCAGUACCUUUUGAUGAGGACGAUAAGGAUGAUACUGUGUGGUUUCUAGACCAUGACUAUCUGGAGAACAUGUAUGGAAUGUUUAAGAAAGUCAAUGCUAGAGAAAGAAUAGUUGGAUGGUACCACACAGGCCCUAAACUACACAAGAACGACAUUGCUAUCAAUGAACUGAUGAAGAGAUACUGUCCUAACUCUGUAUUGGUGAUUAUUGAUGUGAAACCAAAGGAUCUGGGGCUGCCCACGGAAGCUUAUAUUUCAGUUGAAGAAGUACACGAUGAUGGCACUCCAACCUCCAAGACGUUUGAACAUGUGACCAGUGAAAUUGGGGCGGAGGAAGCAGAGGAAGUUGGUGUUGAACACUUGUUACGAGACAUCAAGGAUACAACAGUGGGCACUCUGUCCCAGCGGAUCACAAAUCAGGUCCAUGGUUUGAAGGGACUGAACUCCAAGCUUCUGGACAUCAGGAGCUACUUAGAGAAGGUAGCCAUGGGCAAGCUACCCAUCAAUCACCAGAUCAUUUACCAUCUGCAGGACGUCUUCAACCUGCUACCAGAUGUCAACCUGCAAGAGUUUGUCAAGGCCUUUUAUCUGAAGACCAAUGACCAGAUGGUGGUAGUUUAUCUGGCUUCUCUUAUCCGUUCUGUGGUUGCUCUGCACAACCUCAUUAACAACAAGAUUGCUAAUAGGGAUGCAGAGAAGAAAGAAGGACAGGAAAAAGAAGACAGCAAAAAAGAGAGGAAAGAUGAGAAGGAAAAAGACAAGGAGAAGAGUGAUGUCAAGAAAGAGGAGAAAAAGGAGAAAAAGUAAAAUGUGUAGGUUUUUUAUUUGUAAAUUAAAAAUCUUGUAAACUAAA